AUGCCCACUGUAAUAUGGUUCGGUUUGAACCUCUUCCGCCUGGUUGCGGUUACCUUCAUGGCCUGGGCGCUCGUCGCUCAGUUCAUGUCGCUAGUCGAUGAGAUCAAUUCACUCAGUACCCAAUCCAGCUCGUUUGCCUCACCAGUAUCGGCAAGCACGAGCAAACAAGCGCUGAUAACGCAAUGGGGCCUCGCGGGGGCAAUGACCAUCCCUGUAUCGACUACAACACCCGUGAUGGGCGCUCUGGUGUCCCCGCCGACACCCACACGUCAGCCCCUGCCGACUACCCCAGCUGCGCCUGCCGCUCUACCGACGACUUCCGCCUUCAAUGCGUUGCAGCGCGUGACCGUUCCGGUGUCGGAUCUCGGAGCGGAAGAGUCUGUCAGGAUCAUCAAGCCGCUGGUGGGGCCGAUGCUAGGAGACAUACGAGCUCGCGGACAGCACCUUCGGCGUAACCUGCGGGAUCAUGGCGACGCAGAGGACGACCGAGUGGAGUUGAUGCACGCGGACAUUGCCACCACGGUGCAGACCACGGUUAUGGAGACUGGGGCGAGAGCAGAUCUGAUCGCAUGGGUAGUGUUAUCUCGCGUCGUCAUCGCUAUCAUCCUCCUCGUUGGUAUCGCAGCUCAGCUGGGCGUGCCUGAAAUGUUCUUGUUUGACCAUGCUGGUUGGCUCGGACCGCAGAGCACUCCACUGGCUCUGGGAGGACUUCAGGCACUAUCUUCCAUCGAGAUUCUUCGAAACAAAGCCAAAGAGGUCAAUCUCAUACCGAGCUACGCUCUGCUCGGCGUCGGCCUCGUCAACGUCCUCGCUGCCUGUCUCCUACUCUACCUCGGUCGCAGACUGCCCAAACAACCUCCUCCACCUCUCUACUUCAACCACGCCCAGCGUCUACUCUUCUGGACCCUCGAGCCACCAUGCUAUCGACAGAUCCUGGAUCCAAGGCUCCCGACGCAUCUCAACGAGCCGCAGGGGGAGCGCCGUCGCGAGAGGCUGCCAAAGAGCAACGCGCCUGAGAUUGACCUGGAAGAGUCGGACGACGAAGAAGAGGAGUACAAGCCGUCCGGAGGGGAGGCGUCGCGCUACGUCGAAGGAUCAAGAGCGAUGACGGCGGAUGAGGAUGUGGCGAGGGGCGGGUAUCCAACGUUCGCGCCGGGCGCGGGGAUCGGUCAGCCCGGUCGAAAUGUCCCCGCUGGGACGCUGGAAAGCGAUAGCUGGGACGGACCCGUCCGCUUCACGAGGGAGGAGGACGCAAAGGCCGCUCUCCCGGUCAUCAGCACCAGCGCAUCCCAUCCCAAGCCUAGGCGCGCUCAGCCACCAUCUCUCGCGCUCGCUCGCCGACAGCGCAGCACCGAUUCGACUUUCGACGAUAUUCAAGCGGACCUCGCAGGAUCGCCUCGGCCCCCACAUACCCUCCCGCGUGAGCCAACCAGGCCGUCCAGACAACCCAAGCAGACCGGUCGGACCCUGGACGUGCCACAGCCCGAUUUGUAUCGAGCUACCUCGUCCGCCUCGGACAAUUCGGCAUACAGCGGUAUCUCGCGCGCAAAGGUGACGUACCGCAAGUCGAUCGAUCAGGCAUCCAAGGAUCUCGGACCUCACUUUCCUCUCCCGCCACACCGCAAGCGCGACCGACCCCCUGCCCUGGCUGAGCGGCGACCCGAGAGUCUUUUGCCGGUGUCGAAGGACGGGAGACGGGCGCCGUCUGCGUAUCUGGCACGGGCACCCCCUCCCUCGGCCCGUACGGUAGCAUCGCCCAUGUCGGCCCGAUUCAAAUCACCUCCACCUCGCUCAAGCACCGUUGACGUUCCCGCCCGGCCGGUGUCCGCCCUUCCAACCUCGGCACCCAAAACGCCACAUACACCCGGAACACCUCUCUCUUCCGUCAGCCCCGUGUCUGCGCAGAUCGCCCAAGCGCAACACGGCCAAGUCACCGCUGGGCACAUCUUUGACCGUCAGAUCUCCGCCAGCCCCGAGCUGCUGGUCGACGAGCCACCCAAGGUGGACAUGCCAGACCCCAGUGCAACCCAGUAUACGCGCGGACGAGCCAGAGCGCUCUCAGUCGCUGGCCCACCUGCAGCACCCAGGCGUCCAGCGCAGUCCAGCAUCAAGCGAGCCACCUCUAUCCAGCCUGGCCGACCAGCCCGAGGGGUCCGCUUCGACAUGUCGUCGGUCGAGGAGAUACCCGAGCCUGUCCCCACACCGCGCACUGGGCUUCGAAUACCCGGCACCAACUUCCACCUCAACCUUCCCGCUAUCCUAUCCCCAGCCCCCAGCUCGCGUCGGAACAGCGUCGACUCGUUUGAGACCGCAGGAUCGGCAGGCAUCACGCGCUCGCGACCACUGUCGGGCGCAUCCAUCACGUCGAUGAUGGAAAAGCUGGAGCUGGACAUGGAGGCCGACGCGAAGAGGGAGAGCAAGCCGGUAGUUCUUGGGGGAGCGUAUCUAGAUGGCGGGAAGGAGACGCUCAAGUAG